AUGGGCGGGUUUCUCUGCACUGCCUGUCAGAGUGGCUCUGUGAGGGUAGUGAGAUAUCUCAUUGAAGAGGGUGAUAUGCGUUCAGCUCUAAUGCUUAGCCUAAAAGCAUACACCAUUAAUGCAAGACCAACAGGUGUUGAAUUGGGCAGUGGUACAUACGGCUCGGUCAUUGAGCUAAUUCACUGUGGGGAGAAGGUUGCGGGGAAAAAGUUCAAGAUAUUGUCGCUCGACCGUAUGCAGGGCAGAUGAGAGAAGAAACUCUGUGGAGAAAUGAUUCAUGAUGCAAGUCCAUCACAAGCACAUGUCGAGAGUAGGGGGUGUGUUUUUGAGCGGUCACCCUAUGCCUGUUCUAUGAUGGAGAGAAUGAUGUGUAGUCUCAUGCAUACUACUAGACCAAGCAAACACCAGCCUAAAAAUAUCACGCAAAUUCUCUUUACUAAUGGUGUGGCAAGUGGACUAGCCUACCUCCCACAACCACAAACCAGUGGUGGAUACAUCGUAUCUGACUGCCAGGAACGUGUGCUCGAUUCAGAAUUGAAUGCAAAAUAUGUGAUUGUGGAAACUCUCGUGUGAGGAUCUCGACCCAGACACCAGUCCAGAGACAUUUACCAGUGUCCCAAGGCACUCUAGACUUCAUGCUCCCGAAGCACUUGGUGUACUGCGGAAUACGACGCAACUAUAGACAUAUUCUCGUUUGGUCAUUAGCCAUUUUCACCCUCACGCAAUCCACACGUUAAUGUACUGCCACCGACGUACAGUGAUGGAAACAAACUCCAUGCCCGCUCAGAGGUAAGGAGGCGCUCUGAAUCACUGUCCCUCGUGGAGAAGAUGCUUGGUACUGAGCACAGAUAGUACAUGUGGUGAAACUCUGUCUACACAACCGACCAGCACAAAGACCACGAACAUCAGAGCUGGUACAGACCCUUCAAACAAUGAAUAAUGAAGAGCAACCAGGGGAGAUUUUCGCUGGAAAUACAAAAUAUUUCUCGACGGUGCCACGGCUAAGUCAACUAAUGUGUAUGACCACAUCAAAGGGGAAGAAAAAAAAUAUUGAAUCUGUUGCCGUACACUGGAAAAAUUUUGGGGCUUUUUGGACUUUGAUCGCGUGGGAAAUCGCUUACAGAUAUUGCAGUAACUGAAAGAGAGCGCUGAAGAAGCUGCAUCAAUGUUCCAAUACUGGCUGGAUGGAAAUGGUGUUCCUUGCCACUGGAGUACACUAAUUGACAUACUAAGAACUGUCGUCUUAGUGUCUUAGCAGCUGAAGUGAAAGAACUCUCAAAACUAAGGUAAGCAGAUACCACAUAGGGACUACAUCAGGGACAUUCCUUUCGUUUCCUUGAGCAAUACUCACAAUAGAGCCUACAC